AUGCCUCUGUUAAGGCCACAAACCAUCAAAGGCUUUUCAACGCCCCAAAUAUAUCAUGCCUGUUUCAGCACAUCUCUGCCACGGUGGCCUCGUCUGCGACCAACCGCAAAGUCUUCUCGCAGCUCCAUCAUAGCCAGCAAAGAUGAGAUUUACAACAGCAACUCCAUCAGCCAUUCUCAUCCUCCAGCACCACCACCACCACCACCUCGACAACAAACUCCCAAAAAGACAGACCCAGCCUCAAAUAUCUCAAAACCAACCACAACUCCAAUUGAGAUAAAUAACGCUCCCACUCGCAAACGCUCCGCCCCUCCCAACACAAAACCCCACAAAGAAGCCCUCUUCACCAGCACCCUCAUCCGCCAAAGCCCCAACUCAUCCUCCCUCAUAACAACAACCACAAAACCCCAAGACGCCCAAAUCUCCGCCGCAGCAUCCUUCUUCAACCAAAACUUCCAAUUCCUCUACUCCGCCGAAUCCCUCCGCCACCACCCCAAAAACGAGCACAUUCCCGAGAUCCUCAUCCUCGGCGCCUCAAACGUCGGCAAGUCCUCCUUUCUCAACGCGCUUGUCGGCAAACUCGACGCCGCAAGAGUCAGUGCUCGUCCCGGUAAAACCACGCUAAUGAAUGCCUUUGCCGUGGGACCUCUUCCAAAAAUACCAAAGGGCCAUGUGAAGCAGGGCGAGAAGCUACCGCGGUAUAGCCUCGUCUUGGUGGAUACGCCAGGGUAUGGGUUCAAGAGCCAGGCAAGCUGGGGAGAUGCCGUGUGGAAGUACAUCAAAGCGAGAAAGAUGCUGCGCGGAGCGGUAGUGCUCAUUUCGUCGGAGAAGAAGCUGAUGGAGCAGGAUAAGUGGCUGUUGAGGACGUUAGCGGAGGCGAAUACACGGACGCUGGUGGUCUUGACAAAGGCUGAUAAAGGAGGCGGCUCGUGGACUGAAAGGUGUGGUGAGAUGGCUGAGUUGCUACGGGGGGAGCUUAGGAAGAUAUCACGAUCGGCUGGCAAUGGAUGGAAAGAAGGAUCAGGCUGGAAUCCGGAUAUAUACAUCACAGCCGCCGGAAUGGAUCGUAUGCCCAAGUUGGCGAGCGGAGGUGGCGUAGGAGGCGUCAGGACGAGCAUCCUGGAGAUGGCAGGCUUCGAUCUCCAGGACAAAGAAGUGAAGAAGAAAGACGAGACGAUUACGUAUGGCGGCCCGGUUGUUUCAUUCGAUGACAUCAAAUGGAAGGAGACAUGA